GACUAUCUAAAUUUCCGAUGUUUAUCGUUCCGAUAUUACCUGUAUUUUUAAUAAAUAGUGAUUAUCUAAAUGAUAAAUAUCUAAAUUUCCGAUGUUUAUCGGUCUGGUAUUUCCUGUAUUUUAAAUAAAUCGUGGUUAUGUAUAAACUAAUGGUCAUUAAAUUGUGUAGAUAAUGACGCAGUGACGUUAAAACCCUAUAUAAGACCUGGCCAAUUAGGAAGAUUCUAAUUUGGAUUAACUUAAAGCCAAGCCUCAGCAGCACUUAGAGCUGCAGAAUCACUUUUCUUCUUCGAGGAUGGCAGAUGGAUUAGGCUACGGCGGUUUCGGUGGGGUACCGCACCCGUACUGGCUUCGACCUCAUCCACCAGCUUCUACGCCGCAGUUUCUCGCAACCCAUCCUGUAGAGUCCUCCGAUCAAAGGUUUGAUCCGAUGAUUCCUCAUCACCGAUCGCCGUCGUCUGGUGAUUAUACUGGCCCUCCCGUGCCUGUAGCAUCGUUUGUCACUCCACUCGGUCACGGGGGUGAGGAUUCUAGCAACGACAAGGGUGGAUAUAGCUCAGCUACAGUGUCUUCUUUAGCUGACAUGCUUAUCAGAAACUCUCAGGAGCCUUUCUAUCUGCCUAUCCCUCCUUCUGGUGUUUGUGCUACUACCAAUGCUUUUGAUCUCAACCCUUCUCCUCAUUACUAUUCUGGUUCUGCCUAUGGUACGCAUGAAAGUGUCUCGGUGAAUCCAAAUAUUCUCCGGAUGCUACAGUUUGAUUUAAAUUGUGAUGAGCAUGGAUCUUGGAAACGGAAGCUCAAAACAGAAGCUGGAAGAUCAUUCGGUGACAAUGUUUCUAGUCAUUCUCCUGAGUAUAGUGCUUCUGUUGAACCCGUGCUUGGUCAUGUCAAGCCUUUGUCGGAUAAUCCAAAUCUUCGCGACGGGACAGUUGGCUCAACUAGUUCAAAGAUUCCCCGGCCGCUACAGUUUGAUUUAAAUUGUGAUGAGCAUGGAUCUUGGAACCACUUGAUGGUAUCUUCUGAGGGAAGUGAGUCAAUGAAAGCUGAUAACAGGAUUGCUGCUCAGUCAGCUCUCAGCUAUGAAACCCAUUCUGAAGCUAGUGAAGAUGUUCAAGCCAAGGCAUGUAAGCUCCUGGAACAGUUUGAUAAGAAGUCCGCGUUGUUGCCAGAUCUGAGUAUCAAAGGGAGUAGUAGUAGAUCGAAUGCAGAUGGUGUCUCAAAUGGUCAAUCACCUCUACGUGAUCAAGGAGGUUUCACAUCCCCGGCUUCUUCUACAAGAGUUUCUUCCGUGGUUAGUGCCUUGCAUAAUCUGUCAGAAGUGCUUGUUUAUGAAUGCUUCAGCAAUAGAAGCUUGCUGAAGCCAGAACAACUUGAGAGCCUUGAUAAAGUAGUAGAGAAUCUCACCAGGUGUUCAAAGAAAAUCACCUGUACACAAGCUAUGCAUGUUUCCUUACCAAAUGUGGCCGACCUUAACGAGGCCCCAAAUGUAGUUGCUAAAGAGUUUCAAGGGUUUAAUGUCAAGCCACUGGACAGCUUUGGCUCUAAAGAAUCUGUAGAUAAGGAUGAGAUGACGCAGAGUAUUAAGAACAUACUUGCUUCCAAGUUUCCUGAUGGUGAAGAAAACCACCCACAAACUCUUUUGUACAAGAAUCUCUGGCUUGAAACGGAAGCUGCCUUAUGCUCCACAACUUGCCUGGCUCGUUACCAUCGGAUCCAGAAAGAGACUGGUAAUCUCAAAUUGCAGAAUAGAGAGGUCUCUGCAGAUGCAUCAACCUUCAAGCAGGAACCUUUUCUUAACCCUCAGGAAUCAGUUUCCAUCAUAAACAAGGUAGAGAAGGAGACGGCUGAACCAAUCAUCAAACACGGGAGCAAUUGUGGGAACAAUGUAGUUACAAUGAGUCAUGACGCACCACAAAGCUCUAGAUUCAACUCUGCUCCCCUUGGUGCAGUGCUCUCACUUAUGGCCAGCAGCUUCACCGGCUGUUUAGAACAGGAAAAUCAUGGAAACUUCAAGCCUGGUGUUCAGACACCGGACACGAUAAAGCAGGAGUCCCCUGUAUCCACCCAUGAUGAUGUUAUAGACAGGUUUCGGAUUCUGAAGCAGCAGGAAACAAAGCGCAAACUCAAGUCUCAGAACUGCCCGGACCCAGACAUUGGUGUUAUAGACAGGUUUCAGAUUCUGGAGCAGCAGGAAACAAAUGGCAAACUCAAGUCACUUAACUCCUCAGAGACAAGAAUGGAUGACCAGGAGGACAAUCCAGAGGCUUCGGAGAUGGCUACUAUUGGCAGAAGCAGCCAUAUGAGUGAUGUUAUGGGUAGAUUCCAGGUACUAAAACGCCGGGAAGCUGAGCAAGUUCAGAAAUCUCUCAACUGCGUGGACUCUGAUUCUGAUUCCGAUUCAGAUUUCGAAUCAGAUUCAGACAGUGACCAGCCAAGAAACAGAACACAAAGGUGUGAUUAUCUCUUGUCAGACUCGACGAUGACAAUAGGUGGAAACUCACAGAUAGAGACGUGUGCCAAUACUGAACCAUCUGCAUACGACAACGGCUACGAGAGCCCGACCUCGGAUUGGGAACAUGUCCUCGAGGAUGACUGAGUACUGGAACUUUAUUGGACAAGAAGUUUCGAUCCUUUAAUGGCUUUGUUAGUGUAUAAAUAAACAACAUUAAAUGAAUUCUUAUUCAUAAUGCGGUUUGCAGUUUUUAUCUUUCAAAACUUUACAAGUAGCCUAUUGCUCCGCUGAAUACACCGAACUAAUUGCACUCUGGGGCCACAAAACACAAAAAACUUAUGCACCUUUCACACAGAAAGGCCAUGUAUAUUGUAAAACAAAAUAAUAAUAUUUUUUUUUUGUGAA